GAAAAGCGGAGCGCGGUAGCGCGCUGCACCGCGCUGCACUCGUCCUCGUCGCGCGUUCUAACGACGACGGUGACGAGAAGAGAGAGGACGGUGACGGUGACGACGACAACGACGACGGCCGCAGCGGCGACAGAGGGAUCAGAGGGCGCGACAGCGACGAGGACGACGACGACGGCAGUAGCGACGGUGGCUGGCAAACUAGAGACGCGCGAGAUGGCAUCCGACGGGAUUCGAUAGAUUCGCGAUCGCAGGAGAAGUAAGGCUCCCCCCGACGAUAGAUAUUAAUGGCUGACAAUUACAGUAGGAUGGAAUGGGUGGAGAUCAUAGAGCCACGCACCAAGGAACACAUGUACGCGAACCUGACCACGGGAGAAUGCGUAUGGGAUCCUCCACCGGGUGUACCUGUGAAAAAGACGGACAACAAUCAGUGGUGGGAGUUAUUCGAUCAGAAUACCUCGCGGUUUUAUUAUUACAACGCAACGUCUCAGAAGACCGUAUGGCACCGCCCGACGGAUUGUGACAUCAUACCGUUGGCGAAACUUCAGACGCUAAAACAGAAUACGGAACCUGCAAGCGGUAGCACAUCCGAUACUCAAAAGGUAACUGAGCCGAGAAAGAAAGAAUCUGUUUCGACGCAGACGCAAACUCCUUCAGUUAGUCGAUCGACACGAUUUAAUCAUCAGGAAAAUACGAAUCUCACUCCGACAUUGCAAGCUCUUUCUCUUGGUACGAAUAAAACACGGACUUCUACGGUUGGCGUUGAUCUUCAGACUUCUCCUCCUUCUCCGUCUCCGUCCGCGAGGCGACAUCAUCAUCACCAUCAUCAUCACAAUAACAGGCAUCACAGGCACCAUGAUGUACCUACAACACGUACCAGACAACACAAUCAUUCACAGGAUUCUGGUAGAUCCAGCGACAGUUCCGUCUCGCAUAGUAGGACCUCCUUGGAGUCGACCGGUUAUCGUUUGUUGGAUUCGCCGCAUAGGCACCAUCAUCGUUCAGCCGCGCAAACGCCGGUGAACACCGCACAAUCCUCUCCUAGGCAGCACAGUAGCGGCACUCUGGAGACUAGAUGCCACAAGAGUGGGACUCUCGAAAGUGUGAAAAAUCAGAAAUCUGUAUCGUUAGUAGGAGAACCACCGCCACUGGGUCUAUCACUUUCGACCAGCACACCUCUGUUUAAGAAGAAGACAUUCACUGAUCCACAACGCGAAGGUAGGGCUGGAAACUUGGACCUAGACAAAAGUAAAAAUGGCAGAGAAAGUAGUAGAGGCUCGUAUGGUCCUGAGCCGAGUACAUCGCCAUAUCGCGAUUCUCUGAUGGAAUCCCGAGUCUUCAGGCAGGAAAUGCCACCAUAUCGUCCGCCUGAGGUUCAACUUAGCCAUAGUUACAAAUCACAGAGCGAGAAGUAUGGUUCCUUAAUGGAGAGUGGCAAUCGUUACCAUAGGGAUAGAGAACGGGAAAUGCAGCAACAUCAUCGAGAACGAGUCAAUAGUCUUGACAAGACGAACCCGCCAGGCUUUUAUCCGAGUUCCAUACAUUCAAGAAACAUGAAUAAACAGCCGCAGGAUGGUACAGGUAGCAUAGGUAGAAGACAUCAUGGAUGUUCCGCGUCGCUUUCGGAAGCAAAUGUCAGGGACGUAUAUGGUGCAAUGUUAUCUGAGAGAAACGAUCCUGCCAAGAGUCUCGGCAGAUCUGCUGGCGUACAUAGUGGUAAUUCUUCAAAACAAAGAGGUCUUGAAGCGGUAGAGCGGGAGAGAGAGCGGGAGCGAGAUAGGGAGAAGGAGUAUAGGCGAAACACAGCGUGCAAUAACUCAUUGGAUAGUGUGCCGCAGCCGUUGGGUCGUAGUUACAGUUUUGUGCAACAGCAAAAGCAGCAACAAAAGAUACAGCAACAGUUACAGCAACAACAGCAACAACAGCAGCAAGCUAGAAGGAGAGAACGAGACGACGAUGCUAUGCACGAACGUUACUUGAUGAUAAGUCAAACCCACGAACAAUCUAGACAGAGACUCAGUAGUAAUACUAGCAGUAGUAACAGCAGCAACAGCAGCAGCAACAGUGCCGCGGGUGAAGAAACUGAGGGUCACGCCGAAGGAGACGAUAUCAAGAAGAAAAGAAGUAAUGGAAAUCCCAGUCCUCCGCCAUCGCCGUUUUACGGUAACCUUCUGGCUGAUGCUGAUCAUCUGUUACCGUUACAACAUUAUAUCCUUCAACAAGCAAAAUUAUCAGGUUGUUACAAGUUUGGAGAUCCUUUAUUAGUAGAAGAAGGGGAAGAUUCUUUAGAUGAAGAAGGUGGUAGAGGCGAAGGUAUUGGCGGAAGAGGUGAUGACGAUUCCGAUGAUCAAUUCGCCGACGACGAAGCGGCCAGCAAUCAAGGCGAUUCUUCCAGUCAAGAAUAUCUCGAGGAUCAUUACGCGGAUUUAGGUAAUUACGAUACCGCGGGCUUAGCGACUUACUAUACCACAGCCGAUACCCUGACAAGGCCGCAAGCGCGACCACCUUCACCGCCGAAUAUCGUGUCUCAAACGGAAGUGAGAGAUAGCGUAGUGACUACUAGACAGGUCUCUGUACCCACCGUAAGUUCAACUCCGAGUAUUGGUAUAACGAAUGUCGAUAACACUGAUCUGGAGGAAGCGCGAAGAGACGACAGUACGGGCGGUGGCGACAUCGAAAAAUAUGCACAGGACAAUCUCAAUUUGAAUUGCGGCAGACCGAAAGGACUGAGACUGCUAUUUCGAAAGAAGUUCAGCGUUCGAGACAUUCUCAGUUGGUCGAAAGAUCCAAUUCCGCAACCGAUGCUCGCGAUGGUGGACGGUGAGAAACUACUAAAAAGAGAGGCUUGCAAUUUAUUCCGAUUGGUUCAAGUAUAUAUGGGAGAUCGCAAAGCAAAUGUUGGUAUGACAUUGGACGGCGUCGCCAUGGAUAUCGUGAAUACCGCGUUCACGAAGCCGCCUCUGCGGGAUGAAUUGUACGUUCAGAUCUGCCGACAGACGACGGAGAAUCCGCGGAAGGAGAGCCUGCGACGCGGAUGGGAAUUGAUGGCUGUGUGUUUGGCUUUCGUGCCGCCUAGCGCUACAUUCGAGCCCUACCUGGAGGGCUACAUGAAUAGGCAUCGCGAUCCAAACUUCCAGUUUCCUGAGGUCGCCAAGUGGCCAAUACACGUGCAAGUCAGUCAUUACGCGACUGUAGCUUGCAGACGAUUACAGCGGAUCGGCGCGCACGGUAAACGACAGCCUCGCAAAGCUACGGUGGAAGAUAUCGACCAAGCGAGGAUACAAAUCUUCCGCGCGUCUAUGUUCGGCGCGACACUCUCGGAAGUAAUGGCUUUACAAAGGGACCGCUUCCCGCUUAGAGAGUUACCAUGGAUACAGACUACGCUGACACGCCAAGUGCUUGUGCGUGGUGGUACGCUAACUGAGGGUAUCUUCCGGGUGUCUGCGGACGCCGAUGAAGUCAGCGCGUUGAAAUCUUGUCUGGACAGGUUUGAGGAUGGUGCGAUUCUGGCAGCUUCACAGGACGCUCAUGCACCCGCCUCCUUAUUGAAAUUAUGGGUACGCGAGUUGUACGAGCCGUUGAUACCGGAUUCCUUCUACGUAGAAUGCGUGUCCAUGCGGCAUGACGAUCCGGAAGCGUCUGCGGCAAAUGUGGCUGCGCUUGUCGAACGUUUACCGGAUCUUAACCGUCGUGUGCUGUGUCAUCUAAUACGUUUCCUACAGAUAUUCGCUAGACCCGAGGUGGUUGCCCGUACUAAAAUGGACGCCAAUAAUCUUGCGAUGGUGAUGGCGCCGAAUGUAUUGCGGUGUACGUCCCAAGAUCCUCGGGUAAUUUUAGAGAAUGCACGGAAGGAGAUGGCCUUCGUCCGUACUCUCAUCGAGUCAUUAGACACCGCUUGGGUCGAUGAUCUUCACUGACCGUAUCCUAUCGCGCUAGAAAAAAGUCCGCUCUAGACUAUUAUGCCAAAUGAAUCAGCUGUAUAGUCACGUCUAUUGUUAGUUAUCUCUUUCUCUCUCUUUCACUGUUCUCAAUUUAUCUUCACACACUCUUCUUGUUUGUCCAGUCACCAGUUUUUCCCCAUAGUCCUCCUAUAUAAAUGUUCUUCGUAACGGUAAUUUAGUGCUAAAGUCUACCAAGCUAAUCGAUCAAACCUGCUCCCUUAUUUCCUAUUUAUUAUUUAUAUACAGAUUCUAUGUUAUAUGACAGAUUUUAGAGAUUAUAUUAGAUUAUAUUAUGUAUAUCGCUAUAUUAUAUCAUAUUAUAUAUUUUACCAAUCCCUUGUUACCGCGUCGAACAAACGUGGACGGCUUUUUUACUCAAUCAUUGUUGAAUCUCGUGUAAGAUAAAAGAGAAGAAUCAUGUGUUACCGUGUAUAGCUGCGCUCCGCGAUAAUCUUUUUGUAUAAGCGACGGAUUAACGUGUAAAGCGUUUUAUCGAGGAGUAAACACUGCGAAAGAUUAGCAAGCUGUAGUCGCAGGUGUGUUUCUUCCCCCGAGAUCUCCAAGAACAAAUAUAACACAUUUUACAUAAA